AUGUCCAGGUCUUCUUCAAACCCUAACCCUCGGAGAGUCCCCAUCGUUGAUAACCUUCCUCUUGCUCCUAUUAGAAGUAGGAAAGGAGGAAGACUUCGUAGUUUAGGAUAUUCAUCUUCACGAGGUCCUUCUAUUCCUUCAACGAGUUCUACUCCACCUUCUAGAACCAGAGGUUCUCUUUUUCAAAGAUCUUCAUCUAGAAAUAAAGAACCUACUGAACCUCUACGUGAACCUUUAGUAGAUGAAAUUGUUCCUGAUGAACUAUCUUUUUACAAUGAUAGAGAGUCCAUCAGAAACCAAGUUUCUUCUAUGUCUUCAUUAGACCGUGCUGAUAUUUACUCGACUCAGAUCACUGAAUGUUUGAUUUCAGUGGUUCGUAGAGAUUGCCUUUGGAGUCGUGAUUUCCCCAUUAUAAUUCCCAAUGCAAACCAAAGAAUUACUUCUUAUUUGACUGGGUUUUCGUUCGUAUAUACAUACCCAUUCACGUUGAAUUUCAAACUUGCUAUUGACCCUGUUAUCAUCGAAUUCCGUCGCUUUUUCGAUGUUUGCUUAAGACAAAUUGGCCCUAUCGUGUGGAGGGCUGUUGCUUGUUUGAGGCAUUUGGCCAACAUGGCUGGCAUACCUUUUACUUUCUUCCAUUUAAUCCAUCUUUAUUCUCCCAAACUCUUUCGUCAAGGAAUCUUUACUUUAGUAGCGAGAAGCAAAAGAGUUCUGGUCAGCCCAGAGGAUGAUAAGGACCGUGACUGGUAUGCCAAGUUUGUUGCUGCCCCGCCUGUUGGUUUAGUGGGUCAAGAGAAUGUUCCCUUUCCUGAGAAGUGGAAUUUUGCACCUACCAUGGGAAUUGUUGAUGAGAUUCCCAAUUUUUGUGGUUGGGUAGAAAAGCUGUUAAGUGUUGCUCCAAUGGAUGGUAGAUCCUGGAAAAACCUUUCUCAUCGGUUUGGUUGGAAAGUGAGAACUCACGGGUUUCCCAUUCGAGGCAUAAGUGCUGAGGCCGUCGUAGCUUCCAGAAUUUCUUUGGAAAGAGCCCAAGAAAUAAUUUUGGGUUCUUCAUCGAAAAGGAAAGCUUCUGUCGACCAAGAUUCUGAAGAAGAAGAAGAGGAACAAGACGGGGUGUUCUUUGAUAAAAAGGCCACAAGCUAG